UACGAAAGUAAAUAGGGAAUACAUUGAGAUCAUCUAAGAAAAUAUUGGGCCAACAUUAUACUUUCUCAGUCUGUAUCGUGCUCACCGUCCAAGUAACACCGAUUGACUAAAGCCGGUCACUUGUAAAGUAACAGUCGUGUUUCAUUUUGUUCACCAUUAUUCAUCUGUGAACUUUGAGGAAUAAGCUUGAGAAAUUUUUUUUAUUUUUAAAAAUACGAUGGCAGAAUCAAAAGUGGAAGAGAUAUCUGAUAGAAUAGCAGAAUCUUUCAAAAAUCAGAACAUCUUAAUCACUGGUGGCACUGGAUUUUUAGGAAAAGUCAUUGUUGAAAAAUUUCUCAGAUGUUUACCGGACAUAAAACAAAUUUAUAUGUUGAUCAGAACGAAAAAAGAAAAAAAUCCAAAACAUCGCUUAGAGGAAAUUUUUAAUUCACCGCUAUUUGAAAAAGUUAAAAAACAAAGAGGUGAAGAAACACUUAAAAAAUCUGUAACUGUUAUAAACGGAGAUGUAUCGCUACCUGGACUUGGUCUUUCUUCAGAAGAUAGAAAAAUGCUUUGUGAAAAGAUUAAUAUUGUAUAUCAUGCAGCUGCUACAGUACGAUUUGACGAAAUGUUGAAAAAAGCAGUACUAUUAAAUACGCGUGGUACAAAACAAAUGUUGGAAUUAGCCAAAGAGAUGAAGCAUUUAAAAUUAUUUGCUCAUAUCAGUACAGCAUAUUGUCAUCUUGAAGAAAAAGUUUUAGGAGAAAAACCGUAUCCACCACCUGGAGAUCCUCAUAAAAUAAUUAAAUGCGUAGAAUGGAUGGAUGAUGAUGUGGUUGAAGCUAUGACAGAUAAAAUUUUAGCACAUCUUCCUAAUACAUAUGCCUUUACCAAAGCUUUGUCAGAAAGCCUUGUUGAAGAAGCAAUGCCAUAUAUUCCAGCAAUUAUAUUAAGACCAAGCAUAGUUAUACCAAUAUGGAAAGAACCAAUUCCAGGAUGGACAGAUAAUAUUAACGGUCCAACAGGACUCUUGAUUGGUGCUGGAAAAGGUGUUAUUCGAACGAUGUAUUGUAAUGACAGUGGUUAUGCUGAUUAUGUUCCUGUUGAUAUUGCAGUAAAUGCAAUUCUUGCUAUUUCUUGGAAUUUCAUCUAUUGUAAGGAUCAUGAAAAGAGAGUUUACAAUCUUACAAGCAGUAGUGAAUUUAAGGUAUCAUGGGCAGAAAUCAUUGCCAGGGGUCGAAAAAUAACAGAAAAAGUUCCUUUGAACGGGGUUGUUUGGUAUCCAGGUGGAAGUAUGAAAAGAUCAAGACUCAUGCAUAAUAUAUGUGUUUUAUUUUUUCAUAUGAUACCCGCUUAUUUCAUAGAUGCACUUAUUUUCCUUGCAGGUUAUAAGCCAAUUAUGUGCCGCGUACAACGUCGGAUACAAAAAGGUUUCGAAGUUUUUGAAUAUUAUGCCAACAAUCAGUGGGACUUCGAUAAUUCAAAUCUCUUGGAAGUACGAAAUAAACUUAAUCCUGUGGAAUAUGAAAAAUAUCAAUUACAUGGAGAAGAUAUGGAUAUAGACGCAUAUUUUGAAACAUGUAUAAGAGCAGCAAGAAUUUAUAUAUUGAACGAACCGCCAGAAACUUUACCGGCUGCUCGAAGACAUUUAAGAAUCAUGUAUUGGAUUGAUGUCAUAACAAAAAUAUUUUUCUUGAUAUUAUUAAUUUAUGUAUUUGCAUCCUGGAAUGAGAGUUUCAAAGCACUAUUAAUAGGAAGUUGGUUGUUCAUCACUCGAACUUUAUUACAUUAACUAUUCACAUUAUAAAGUUUUUAAUAUUUUAAUUUUGAACUUUAAUGCGACGAAAUAAACUAUGGAUCUUCUUUUUUUAUUGAUUUAUAGUUUUUUUUUAAUUAGUAAAAUAAUUAAUAUAAUAAAUUUAUUUUUUCAAUAAUAAAUAUUUACAAAU